AGCCGCCUUCUUCCUCCUCCGCCAUCUUGAGAUCAGCGCAUUGUUGAAGUCGUUCGGAGAUCUUCAGCGUAUUCGAAAAUGAGUGACCAGCUUUGUAAACUUUUCGUCGGUGGACUCAACGUGGACACCGACGACGAUGGCCUGCGAAAGCAUUUCGAGGGGUUCGGUACGCUCACCGACUGUGUUGUCGUCGUAAACAAGCAGCUGCAGCGGUCCCGCUGUUUCGGCUUUGUAACCUACUCCACGCCGGAGGAGGCCGACGCUGCAAUGGCGGCUAGGCCGCACACCGUCGACGGCAACGCGGUUGAGGUGAAGCGAGCUGUGGCAAGAGAAGACGCCAACAAGCCCGAGGCCCUCGCUAAAGUGAAGAAAAUCUUCGUUGGCGGCCUCAAAGACGACAUUGAAGAGGAACAUCUGACCGAAUAUUUCUCCCAGUACGGUCAAAUCGAGAAGGCCGAAGUCAUCUCGGAGAAGGAGACGGGAAAGAAAAGGGGCUUCGGCUUUGUGUAUUUCACCGACCACGACGCGGCCGACAAAGCAGUUGUGGUCAAGUUCCACACCGUCAAUGGACACAAAGUUGAGGUAAAGAAAGCCCUGACCAAGCAGGAGAUGCAGGCAGCCAACAGAUCCGGGAUGGCGCCGAGGGGAAGACCUGGUAGAGGCAUGAGGGGAGGUCAAAAUGGCUACGGCAGGGAUUAUGGCGGAAACUACAACUACGGAAAUGGAGGCUACAACUGCAGCGGAGGAUACGGCGGAGGGUACGGCGGACCAUAUGGGGGCUAUGGUGACCAGGGAGGCGGCUAUGGCGGUGGAAACGGCUACAGCGACUUUGGCACCGGCUAUAACCAGCACUCUUCAAGCUACGGUCCCAUGAAAGGGCCUUUUGGCGGCCAGAGGAGCGCUGCUCCCUACAGCAGAGGCGGCGGCGGUGGCUACCCGAGGGGGGCCUACGGCGGCGGCUACUAGAUGAGACUGCACCGUGGAAAGCAACCAACCCAACCCCUGCCACCAAUUACUCCCAGCCAGGAUUUGGACGCCAAAACUCAAAGUCAGUAACGAGGCGUCUGCCGUGCAAUCCGACCAUGGCAGAGAUACGGACAGAGAUCCCCUUAUCAUAAUGAAGACCUCAAAAACCCAAACAGGUAGGAAGGUCACUUCCCAGAACACCUGAUAAUAACGAGCAGCAGUUGUUGCCGUUCGACUAGGACACAUUAACGAAGAAUUACACAGCGAUCCCCUUUUAUUAUGUAACCACGCCACUGGCGUGUAGUUGUCGUUUAGAGUUGAAUUAUUUUUUAUUUGCGUUCAUUCGUUGUUUUGAAAUUUCAAUGUAGGAUUGUUUUGCUUACAAGUUCUGAUUAUUUUAAUAUUUGCAUUUUACGCAGUUUAGAUUCGACUUUGUUUUCUGGAAUAAAUUUAGUGUGAUUUCAAUGUAUGAGGAUGAGAAAGCAUGUUAUGUGGUUUUCAUAGCUAUGUCAUUCUGAUAUCAGUUUGUAUAAUUACUUACCUGGAUCAUUCAGCAAAGGCGGGAACGUGAUACUGCAGGAUCCAGUUUCCUUGUUUCCUUCCCCAUUAUUGUACUUAAACUCCUCACUCAUAGUCAUAGUUUCAGUCUAAAUAUUGUUCAUUUUUCACUACCUGUAGCAAUAUCUAAUGUAUAUUGUAUACUUUCAUGUCUGCAGAACAAAACCUACUGUUAAAACACUUUGGUAUGCUUAUGUAUGUUCAUUUUAAAUAAAACGUUAUACCACUUA